UACGGUUUUUCUCAAUUUCGUGUGCAGUUUUUAGAAUUCUACAAAGUUGAUCUUAACUUAUAAAAGAUGAAUACAAGUCUUAAAGUUAAACCCACCGUCAAACAAGGCUGCCAGCUAAAAGCAAUGCGGCAUUUCCGAGACCCUGCAAAAGAUGAAGAGCAAGAAGAAGGGGAAUCCCAUAACCAAAACCAGCAUUGGAUCGAAAAACUCUUCCCUCCGACCUACGCCUUUGAUCAUAGUGAUGUUGUGGAGAAGCCUUAUGAAGAACCAAAGGGCAUCAUCGGGACAAAACUGGAGCGAUUUGAUGCUGAGAAGAUGAGAGAGAUUUUCCAUCGUGUUCAUGCACUUUAUAUGUUUGAGGAGGAAUUUGAACGGGCAAAGAAAGCAGAAAAGGAGGGUAAUCCUCAUGACUUGUCAAAAGAGAUACAACAGCUAGAGAAAGUGAAGGAUGAACCAAGUGACGUCGACAUUGAGGACUCGACACUCUGGGACGCACAAGAGAUCGGGGUACUGAGAUCUGUCUUCAAGGAAGCAAAGAGACAGAAUAGAAAGAUGCAGAUCGUCUUGGAGGUGAAACUCCGGCAGCUAUGGUCAGUCGAGAAGAAGUACAAGGAACAACAUGAUCUUCUUGACACAAGCACUAAACUUUUAAAUGAAGCAAAGGCAGCAAACGAACGCCAAGACAUUCUUGUAGCAAACUUACACGGGCAUCUCAAAUGUGAAAAGCAGCGUGUUCAUGCUUUGAUUGAGGAAAUCAAAGAGUUGAAACUGAAGAAUGUUGAUUUGAAUGAUCACAUUCAGAUGUUAAGGAUUGACUUAGAUCGGGAGAGACGAGAACGUCGACGGAAGGAGCUUGAUUUGGAGGAGCAGAAUCAGGCGUCGGCACGUGAGCAGAUACUACGUGAGGAAAGGGUUGAUUUACUCCAUGAACAGGAGGUGGUUAAGCUGCAUGAUCAAAUUCACAAGUUGGAGGAGGAGUUAGCAAAGGAGAAACAGGAUCAUGCGACAACAAAACGAGGUCUUGAUCAUUUGAGGACUCAUUUUGCAAGUUUGCCAUUUGGUGGUACUGUAAGUAGUGGUUGUGAUAAACUGAAGAAGUUGGCUCUAUAUUGAGUGGACCUUUUAAUUUGGAGUUUGCAAUAGUUACCACUGCUCUUGUGUGGGAUAGUCCGAUAGGUGACUCGAUCCUGCUAACUUAGCAUUUGAUUCAAAGUAUCAUACAGGGAGUUUUGAGUAAGACUGGCUGAAGAAAAUACUUGAUCAAUAUUGUAACAUAGCAUGUAGUUAUUGAAAUACCAAUAAUGUAUUGAGCUGGCACUCAUUUUGUUAAAUAAAACA